GAGAAGAAUACAGUAUGUGACCAGAAACUUUCAGCAGCCCACAACUAGCUAGAAGACACAAUCCCCUUCAGAUUAUACACUCACAAGUAUUCUAUAAAUACGCAUGCAUCAUGGCCAUGGGAGAUAGAUCCCACUUUCAUGACUUUGAGAGCCAGCUUCAGGCAACUCCCUUGUUUGGGGCUUUUACCUGCUUCUUGUUAGCACUUGAAAUGAGGUGUUCCAUGUUGUUUGGCUAUCUCAUCAUCAUCAUCCUCCUUGCUAGAGCUCAUGGACGACUGGACAUGCAGCUGCUCUCAGCACUGGGCAAGGAGGAGAUGCCAUCUGCCCUCAAGUGGCAACGACCGCCGCAGCCGUCGUCUUCCGCCGGCGGCCGGUCGGCGGACACGGUGAGUCGCGCAACAGAGCGCCACCUGAUGAUCACGGCUGGUGCUGCUGCAGAGGAGGACGGGGAAGUGAAGAAGAUGAGGGCUCACCGUGAGGAGAUGGCGGUCAGGUUAAUCCACCAAGACUACACUAGGCCCAGCGGUCAUUCACCCAACCACCACCGCACCAUACGAUGCGGCCCAUGUUAGCAUUGAGCACAGCUAGUGCUAGUGGCUAGUGAGUUGAGUGGGUUUCAGGUUUCUAUACGAUGAACAUGCUACCUGCAUUUUUCCAUCAGUCCAUGCAUGUUGUAGUAGGUCGAGAGUUCAUCGAUGCAAUGCAUGUAAAAGGACGGAGAAAUGAACUGAGCUGUUGAGUUUCAACUUAAUUCACUGAUCAGGCUUGUACUUUCAGAAGAAAUUGAUUUGUUCAACUUCAUAACUGG